AUGUCUGGUGUCAAGCGAUGCCCUCCAAAACGACUCAUUGUGUGCUGUGAUGGCACAUGGCAGGACUCGCUCGCCGACGCGGCACAACCGCCGUCAAACGUCACUCGCUUUAGCAGAGUGCUGAGCCGCCUCGCCGUCGUCGAAGGCGAGGAGAUCCCCCAGAUCGUCUACUACCAAAAAGGCGUGGGAACCAGUCUCGGAGACAAAUACUGGGGCGGCGUGGCCGGGCUGGGCGUCAGUGCCAACGUCCGAGCGGCGUAUGGCUUCCUGGCCGACAACUACACCGAAGGCGACAAGAUCUAUUUCUUUGGCUUUUCGCGCGGCGCGUACACGGCGCGUGCAGUGGCUGGCCUCGUCUGCCAAUGGGGUCUGCUGACCCCGCGCGGCAUGGACAACUUUGCGAUUGUUUAUGAUGAUUUCUACAACAACAAAAUCCCCGGGUAUAAAGCGGAGGACCGCAAGCGGAUGGGGUUCCGCGAUCCCCUGCCGCAGUUCACGGUCGAGAUUAUCGGGGUGUGGGAUACGGUUGGGUUCCAGAAGGCGUGGCUGGGCCGGGAUGCGGGCGAGAAGCUGGAGCUGCGGAAUACGGUGCUGCAUGAGAGCGUGCGCUGUGCGUUCCAUGCGCUGUCGCUGGACGAGGAGCGAACGGCGUUCCAGCCGAUCGUGUGGCAUAUCCCGCAAAAGAACGAGGGGCAGGAGCUGCUCCAGGUGUGGUUUUCUGGGGUGCAUACGGAUGUCGGGGGUGGAGACGAGAAUCCCCGGCUGUCGAACAUUACUCUGGAGUGGAUGAUCGCGCAGUGCACGAAGCAUGGGCAGUUGAGCUUCGACAUUGAAAAGUAUCUGUUCGAUGAUCCCCCGCUCACGGAGGAGAGUGAGAUGACUCCUUGGGCGACGAGUCUGGGGAAAGUCAAUCACAGCAGUAUUCUGCGAACCUUGCAGGGUAAGCUGGGAGGGACAUCCACUCGCAGACCACUGGGGUAUAACCCGGCGGGCCAGGAGUCCGAUAUCACGAACGAAUUCAUUCAUGAAUCUGUGCGGGAUCGCAAUCUCGCCAAGUGGCAUUGCGCCGCGCUCAAGGGACGCCAUGAUGAGAAGAGCUGGAAUCUAACGAGUGGCCAGCAGAUCUCCGAGGUUCCUGCGUUGCAGAAGGAAAAGUAUAUGAAGGGCCGCAUUCGGACUGUGCAUGUCCAUGAGGAGGAUUGA